AUGACUUCUGCUAUAAUCAAAGACGCUACACAACUUAAAGAAGCCAGCAAAUUAGGUUUAGUGGCAGUGGCAGAAGAGGAAGGAGAAGAAGAGCUCUUUGAAAUAGAUUUUGAGGUCAUUGAUAGCCUCCCUCCACCCCAAUAUAACUGGGAAAAUUACUUUACUGCAUCAGGUAGUGCACUUCUUGCCAAUUGUUUGUUGCCAAUUGCUGAUCUUUCCACCGCAUCUACGGUGCUGUUUGGAGCAAGAUCUGUUAAAGGACAGGGGCUGCUUGUAUUACGACUCUACGAGACUUUGAGGACCUAUGGCUGGGAUGGAGUGAUUGAAAAUUAUGGAGACCAAAGGAGAGGGACACGCUUUUCAUCAAAAAAUACAACCUGCGACCAUUCCCUGGCUAUAAAAAAAUUGUUUCUUUCACGAAUCAAAUAG